GCCGCCGCACGGACCCAUAGUGGAUUCCACCAACCGAUCAACGACACAGGCCCCUCCAUAUUCCCGAAUGCGGCAUGCAGUCUGGGGGAGCCUCCCGACGGGCUUUCGACGGCCUCUCGAAGCGGGGCUCUAUUUACGUAGCAGCCAUCUAAACAUGUUUCGGUGACUUCUCAUAGUGUUUGGUGCAAAAACAAAGUACCCACAUCACAGCGCCUAAUUUCCACAGCAGCCAGGCUCUGACAAGAAUAUAGUAGCUGCUACAUGUAUAUAUAUAGGGACUUCUGCUUGAUGUAGGUCGAUCUUCCAUUCUUUUCGCUCAUCUUCACACUCGCUUCUUCGAAAUGCUUCCAAACUUCGCGCUAUUUCUUUCGCUCGCAGCAGCAGCUGUCGCAGCCCCUGCUCCACUGACUGCCCGUGCUGGACGUACUUCUCCUCCCGCUGGCUGCUUGUCCGUUGGCGCUUCAGGAACAUACAAGACUGUUUCUGCUGCAGUUGCCAAGCUCAGCACCUCUAGCACUUCUGCUCAGUGCAUCUUUAUCUACAAGGGUACCUACAAGGAGCAAGUCUACGUCCCAGUCCUCAAGUCAGCUCUCACUCUCUAUGGAGAGACUACCGACACGAGCGGCUUUGCAUCGAACACUGUCACUAUUACCCAAGGCAAGAGCCAAGAUGACUCUGCCAACAACGAUGCCACGGCCACUUUGAGAGCUUGGUCUCCUAACUUCAAGGUGUACAACAUCAACCUUGUCAAUACCCGGGGUCAAGGCUCUCAAGCCCUCGCUGUCAGUGCCAAUGCCGACAAGCAGGGCUACUACGGUUGCCAAUUCAAGGGUUACCAGGAUACUAUCUUGGCCCAGACAGGCAACCAGGUAUACGCCAAGUCGUACAUUGAGGGUGCAACCGAUUUCAUCUUUGGUCAGAAGGCUACCGCUUGGUUCGAUGGCGUUGACAUUCGUGUUCUCGCUGCUUCCCAGGGGUACAUCACUGCCAACGGUCGUGAUUCCGACUCCAACCCAUCCUACUACGUCAUCAACAAGUCCAAGGUCUCUGCUGCAUCUGGUAACACUGUUAAGGCUGGUGCUUACUACCUUGGUCGCCCUUGGAGGAACUAUGCUCGCGUUGUCUUCCAGAACACCGCCUUGUCGAACGUCAUCAAUUCGGCGGGCUGGGUGCAGUGGGGCAGCAGUGACCCUCGCACAGAUAAGGUCACCUUUGCCGAGGUCGGUAACACUGGUGAUGGUGCAAGUGGCACUCGGGCUAGCUUUGCGAAGAAGCUGUCUUCCGCUGUCAGUAUCUCCACAGUUCUCGGUAGCUCCUACAAGGACUGGGUCGACACUACUUACCUCUCUUAAGCGGAUCUGCACCCACGCACCUGUAAAUAAGGGGCAUACCUUCUUGUAAAUAUUCAUGCUGGAAAUGAUAAUUUUGAAGCGAACUUACUCUUUGUACCAUGUGAGCGUGAAUUCGUUUCAUGAUA